CAGCAUGCCUACAAAACAAGGUAGAGUCGAGUCUACAUAGGAGCAGCAGCAAGCCCUCCUGCUUCCUGGGCCUGGGUUCUAGAUACGAGAUAGAAAACACGCAGAGUUCUUCAGUGAUGAGCUCUUCCCACAUGUCCAAGGAGAGGCCCUUCCUUCAUCGCACAUGAACCUCCAGGAAGCUGAUCCACAGCUCACAAAUGCCUAUGAAUGAGAAAGAUCGACAGGUAAACUUUGCACCACUCUAUGGUUUUCGAGGUAUCUCAGUAACGAAGAAGACGCAUACAUCUCAAAUUGAAAUUAUUCCUUGCAAGAUCUGUGGAGACAAAUCAUCAGGAAUCCAUUAUGGUGUCAUUACAUGUGAAGGCUGCAAGGGCUUUUUCAGGAGAAGUCAGCAAAGCAAUGCCACCUACUCCUGUCCUCGUCAGAAGAACUGUUUGAUUGAUCGAACCAGUAGAAACCGCUGCCAACACUGUCGAUUGCAGAAAUGCCUUGCCGUAGGGAUGUCUCGAGAUGCUGUAAAAUUUGGCCGAAUGUCCAAAAAGCAGAGAGACAGCUUGUACGCAGAAGUGCAGAAACACCGGAUGCAGCAGCAGCAGCGAGACCACCAACAGCAGCCUGGAGAGGCUGAGCCGCUGACUCCAACCUACAACAUCUCGGCCAACGGGCUGACAGAGCUUCACGAGGACCUCAGCAACUACAUUGACGGGCACACCCCUGAGGGGAGCAAGGCAGACUCUGCUGUCAGCAGCUUCUACCUGGACAUACAGCCUUCCCCAGACCAGUCAGGUCUUGAUAUCAACGGAAUCAAGCCAGAACCAAUAUGUGACUACACACCAGCAUCAGGCUUCUUUCCCUACUGUUCUUUCACCAAUGGAGAGACUUCCCCAACUGUGUCCAUGGCGGAACUAGAACACCUUGCACAGAAUAUAUCUAAAUCACAUCUGGAAACUUGCCAAUACUUGAGAGAAGAGCUCCAGCAGAUAACGUGGCAGACUUUUCUGCAGGAGGAGAUAGAGAGCUACCAAAACAAGCAGCGGGAGGUGAUGUGGCAAUUGUGUGCCAUCAAAAUCACGGAGGCUAUACAGUAUGUGGUGGAGUUUGCCAAACGCAUUGAUGGAUUUAUGGAACUGUGUCAAAAUGAUCAAAUUGUGCUUCUCAAAGCAGGUUCUCUAGAGGUGGUGUUUAUCAGAAUGUGCCGUGCCUUCGACUCUCAGAACAACACCGUGUACUUUGAUGGGAAAUAUGCUAGCCCCGAUGUCUUCAAAUCCUUGGGUUGUGAAGACUUUAUUAGCUUUGUAUUUGAAUUUGGAAAGAGUUUAUGUUCUAUGCACCUGACCGAAGAUGAAAUUGCAUUAUUUUCUGCAUUUGUACUAAUGUCAGCAGAUCGCUCAUGGCUGCAGGAAAAGGUAAAGAUUGAAAAACUGCAACAGAAAAUUCAGUUAGCUCUUCAACAUGUCCUGCAGAAGAAUCACCGAGAAGAUGGAAUCCUAACAAAGUUAAUAUGCAAGGUGUCUACGUUAAGAGCCUUAUGUGGACGACAUACAGAAAAGCUAAUGGCAUUUAAAGCAAUAUACCCAGACAUUGUGCGACUUCAUUUUCCUCCAUUAUACAAGGAGUUGUUCACUUCAGAAUUUGAGCCAGCAAUGCAAAUCGAUGGGUAAAUGUAUCACCUAAGCACUUCUAGAAUGUCUGAAGUACAAACAUGAAAAACAACAACAACAACAAAUUAACCAAGACACUUUAUAUGGCCCUGCACAGACCUGGAGCGCCAACACACUGCACAUCUUUUGGUGAUCGGGGUCAGGCAAAGGAGGGGAAACAAUGAAAACAAAUAAAAGUUGAACUUGUUUUUCUCAUGCAUAUGAUUUCCAUUAUGCCUACAGAUAUGGACCCUUUUUCUGUCUCAACUUCUCAAUCAUUGACCUCUGUUUACAACUGAAGGAGGGUACUAAAGUCGGAGGAUUUCCUUUUCUUGUAGCUCACUGCCCACAGACUUUCUGCAGAGUCACCAAUCUGUCGGUAACAACAGAGAGUCCAGCAAUAAUCGGUGACUGGUGUGCAUAGCGGAGGUUGCAGCAUUAUUUUGCACAACUUGCUCUUUGUUUCAUGAAGGAAGUUUUUAUUUUUCCACCGAUUAUUGCCAGUCAGCAGGAUGGCAUGAAAAGGGUCCAUAGCACUAGCAACAAUAGCAUUAUAAUAUAUUACAGGGUAAAUGGGCAUGAAGACUAUAUAUAGCUAAAAGAGAUAUUGUUUAUAUAUUGUUUUAAUUAAUAUAAAAUGUAGUUACUGGUGUAGCUUUUCCUGUUGAAUUGAUAAGGCACUUUCAUUUUGCACCUUUUUCUUUAAAUUAAAUGCUAGCGUGUUCACUGUCGUGUCGCAUGUGCACCAGAAACACAAGUUUAACUGAGAAGGCUUGGAAGGUACGUCAGGAGGUAUUUAUGCUGCUGUUUACAAAUUACUUUUAAAAGACUGGCUGGUCAUAUCUAGAAAUCACGAUGUGGAUUAUUAUUUUUUUUUUUACACGUGAAUUCGGAAUUAGAACUCUACCUAAAUUAUACUUUGCUUCGUGGUAAGUUUAAGGAUAGAUGUGUUUAUGCUUCAUACAAAGUUGAAUGAUCGAUUGGUGCUAUGGACUUACACCAUCACGCACAUUAUUUUUAAAAAAGCUUUUUUAAAUGCCACCUCAUGGAGGCAGGGGAGAGAGGGGAGGCUCAUUUUACACAAUUCUAUAGUUAUAUGGAGUCCAUCUCAACUUGGAACUCUUAAUGCUUUGAGAACAAAUCAGUAACCCAAAUAUUUAUUGGAAUUCAGCUUUUAUUAUAAGAAGGACCCAAAGAUUAUAUCUGGAGCAAAUACACACUCCCCAUGUGAGGACAUGAAGCAUUUACUUUGUGAAUGAUUAUGUUCUUGGUAUAAUCUAGGAACCCUAAGAGGAUAUCUCAGAGUAAACUAGUUCUAGACUAGCUGCCUCUAGAUGCUAUAAUUCUAGAAUAUUGCUCUCCAUAGCUCACAGACCCUGGAUAGAGGGGUGAUAGAGGCAUGCAAUGCAGAACCAGUUUCUCUUACUUAAAUAUGAAAUAUUUUAAGCAUUCAAAGUGAAGUUGAUGUUAAGCUGCAAACAUUUACUCUUGUAUUUAUCUUCACUAGAAAACUGUGGACUGUAAUUUAUUUUAUUAAAUAUUUAGAAGAUUGCUUGGCUUUUGUGUUCAGGUGAGAAAUAUUGAAUGUUCUUGUUUAAUUUCAUGUUUUGGGGUUUUUUUUAUUUUAAUAAUUCCCAGGGGGGAAGGGAAAAUGAACAGUCUGAUAUACAGGUGUGCAUAUUUGAAAAAUAAGUGCCCUUUGGAAAUGUAGGCAUUUAGAAGAUGAUUUUAGUCACCCUGGGGGUAGGAUUCAAACUUGUGGUCUGACCUCAAAGACCACGUUUGUACAGAAAAGGAAAUAUCUUCCCAUAGCAUAAAGGUGGGAGUGUCCAGGCAGCCCUUUAUAGCAGAGAAAGUGUCUCUACCACCCGGGUCCCUCCUGAAUCCUGAUGUCACGUGGAUAACAGCAUGGGCUUCCCAGAGCCCGAUACUCUGGCUUUAACUCCACUGAUUUUCUGACUUGUUUCCUGAGGGAUUUGGAGAAGAGGAAGGGAUUAUUCACACAAAAGUGUGUAUGAAGCCUAAAUAACAUCUUAAAUUUUUUUUUCAAAAAUAUAGUAAGGGUUUAACCAUAAAUAGAAGACGAAAGUAAUAUUUACUUAAAUUUCUUACAAGUAUAUAAAACUUUAUGUGAGUGUUUAUACAGAGAGGUUAACUAUCAGCAUAUAGUAUUUAUAUUUGGGCAAGAAGGGUUAAAUCAAAAUUUUAAUUUAAAUAAGCAUAGUUCCUGUGAGGAUCAAUAGUAUUUAUACUCUGAAAAGAGUACCACGUUUAGUUCAGUUAUUUAUUUGUCCAUCUUUUUUCCUAUUAUUUCUCUUGUGGGGGAAAAUGGUAUGGUAUUGUUUUUUGGGGUGGUUUUUUUUUUUGGUUUGUUUUUUGUUUUUUGUCAUUCUGAUUCACUAAAUUUGGGGGUGGUUUGAUUAAAGUAUAUUAACUUCUUUUUAACCAAAGCUUUCUGAAUAUGACCAGCCUCAGGUGCUAGCGCAUUAAAGAGCAACUAAACCUAAUUCCAGUGUCCACUUGUGAAAUGAAAAGAGCUAAUUGAACUUCUCUAAGGGUGAGAGAGAGCAUAAUGUUGAGCUUAAAAGAAAUUCCUUUUCCCAGAAGGGAUUUUGCAUGUACCAAAUGCAAAAAAAAAAAAAAAAAAAAAAUGCUUAAUCUCAAUAGUAGUCCCACCAUGGUGACAUUGCUUUUAGAGUAAACCAAGAUACAUUGACAUGAUGCUGCUACCAGAUCUUUCUGAAAGAAAAGCAAGGUGAGGAUUUUAAGAGCAAAGUACAUUGACAGUGUAGGGACAGAGCAGGAGAGGUGUGCUCGGUGAACAGAGGGAACAACUAUUAUUUGGAUAAAAGUUGGGAUCUGAAGUUAAACAAUAAAUUCAGUUUUAAAAAGUGAAGUUCAGAAAAGGAUGUGAAAAACUUUGCAUUUUUAUUUUCUUUCUUACUAUAGAAACACCUGUGUGAUGACACAAAAUACUUGGUGAUACAGAACAAUUAUUCUUAAGAGUGCUUAUAAACUAAAGUUUCCUAAACUAAAAUAUCCAGUAGUCUUUGAAAGAUUGGAAUCACAUCAUUGUUAUCCCAGCUGCUAUGUCUUGUAUACAGUUUUUCAUAUAAGGUACGUAAGGCUUUUGUACAAAGCCCGAAUACCUUUGGUUACAAUGGUGUCAAAUGAUCGCAUUAUACUCUGGAGAACCUGGCCUUGGUCACAAUGAAAACAAAAGUGCAGAUGAAAGUGCUUUUUUGGACAGUUUGCAAAUUGUGUUAAAGCUAUGGAUUUUUUUUUUUAAGUGUUCAGCAUCCUAAUUUGCGUUAAAGCUAUGGAUUUAAAAAAAAAAAGUCUUCAGCAUCCUAAUUCACCCUUCCUAAUUUAAGGAAAAUAUGACUUAUGGCACUGCUUCUAAGUUUGGUUGUUCUUUAUAGUGUGGAUACCCGGAUCUCUGUGAGCGUAUGGGGGUGGGCUGAGGGCCAGGGAGGAGGGAGUAUGUGUGGGUGGGUGUGUAUGCAGGUGUGGGUGUGGUUUUCGUGUGUAUGAUGUGCGUGUGUCGGACCGCUUCUAGGCUACUAAGUGUCAAUGGAAAAGAAAAUGUAUUCAAAAUACUUAAAUCAAAACUAGAAGAUGGGGGAAAAAAUGACUUAUUCUAUACAAAGCCUUGUCUGGACCACUUUAGAGAGACUUCUAUUUUUUUAACCCUUCUAUAAAUAUUUGAUGGCACUUGAAAUAUUCCUGCAAUAAAAUGUGAUUUGUGUAAAGAAAAAAAAAAGAUUUUGUAAUGUGAAACAAAGAAAGAAAGUAAUGUAAUUUUCUAAAAAAAAAAAUACAAACAAACAAACUUUGUAUUAUUUUCUUGAUGGAAUUUGUCUAUCUGUCUUUGGGAAACUUUUUAUUUCAUUGAAUGUGCCAUAGUAGAAAUACGUGUUUUUAGUUUUAGACUAAGGAAUAGCUGUUUGUGUUCCGACAUUCCAAAAUGCAAAACAACCUAGUGGAAUCUUGAAUGAAAAGGUUUAAGUAGGAUGUAAGCUUCUCUCAUUGUUGCUUUUUUGCACAUGUUCUCCAUUCCUCUCUAGUGCAAUAUGUACAUAGAGCACUUGCGGGUGUACCUUGAUCCCUCAGGGAAAAAAUACAUAUUUGUACAGUUUUGGUUUGUUUUGGGUUUUUUUUUUUUUUUGGUUGGUUUUUUUUGUUUUGUUUUCGGGUUUUUUUUUUGUUUUGUUUUGUUUUGGUAUGGUUUGGGUUUUUUUGCCUUUUGUUUUUGGCUAAGGAAUGUCGAUUGAAUCACUUGUUAUUGUUGAGGGGCAGCCAGAUAAUAAUCCUAAAGCCACUGUUUUCAAACAUUGAUUGUUUAAAUCACGUGUCCUUCCAGUGCUAUUAUUUUAAGGUAAUAAUAAUAAAAAAAGUUAUUUUCUGACAGUUCUUUGUGCUGAUUGGUGGAAAAAAAAAGGGUAAAUAAGCACCUUAUGAUUGACUUAACUGUGAAUGACAAUCCAUCUUGAUAUCAACAAUAGAAACCCUAUCACUUUGGAGUUGGGGUUAAGAGUCAGAAACAAUGUGCUCAGGGAUCUCCUAAAACUCUUCAAACAGGGUGGCCAGUACUACUGGGACAAAUUGUGUUUUUUAUUAUUAAUAAUAGUGAUAAUAAUGCUAUCCCUCAAGGCACAAGUGAACUGUGUAGGACUGCGUGUGCGUGCAUGUAAACUCUUCACUAUCGUCUUGUUUUGUUGAGUUCAAAAUGUAUGUGUUCUUCAGUCUUGUGUGGUUAAAAACAUGGAAUAACUUCCAAAGCAGUACUUCACAAGAUACAUUAAUAGGCGAUAUACCAACAGGGAGUAUCACUUCAAGUGCAUUUCCACAUACUCCAUUUACCUUUCUCUAAUAAUUAAACCAUCCAUGAUAAAUAUAUUCAUAGCAUUAUAUAUUAGGAACUAUUUCAAAUUCUACAUGGUGUGCAAAAAAUUGUUGAAACCACUCAUGAGAUGAGAGCCUGCUUAUUGGUGCAGUGAAACAGCUGAAAGUUUGAACAAGUCUUUUCAAAUGCUAGCAAAUAACUUAUUUUAAUUGUGUUCUCCAGAAGGAAACCAAAAAAUCCCUCUAUGUAACACCAUUCUUUUACUUCCACAUUUAUAGUUUUCAUCCGUUGAAUUAAUACAAGAGCUAAUGUUUAAAGACAAUAUAACAGCACCACAAGCCAGCUUUUAGGUUACGUUGGACAUUUUUGAACUGGAGCGUCGCUCUUAUGUUUCCUUGUAUUACUUUUCAUAAGGUCAGUGAACCUCAGUAUACUGUUGGCUUUGAUUCUUCCAUACCUGGAAUACACAUUCAGAAGAAGUUUUACAUAUUUUCUUACUCCCAUAGCAGAGUAUAAUUUGGGAAAACUUUCCAUGUUGUUUAGAUGAAAAAGAAACUUUGACCUUGUUGGUUUUGAUAUUAAAGACUAUGGAACAUGGCAGAAAUCUCUGUCUCUCCCUGUCUCUCUCUCUUACUCUCUCUGCCUAUAUAUAUGUAUACACACACACAUACAUAUAGGUAUAUAUUCAUACACAUAUACAUAUAUACAUACAUAUGCAUAUAUAUAAACACACACAGGUUAUUGACGUUUUCACAUACUGUAUCAUGUGAUUGCCACUUCUUACUUAUAAAGAUAUGAUACAACAGAACCCUAUGAGAACAACUUUAUACUAUGGAUCAGAUUAACAAAUGUAAUUGCAAUAGUAAGUCUUGAUCUGUUGCUAAUGUCUGUAAUACAAGUCUUCGUUCUAUCUCUAAACACUAGUAUUAUUAAAGAGGUGCCACCAGAUUUGAUUUUUGAUUAAAGAGGCCUUCCCAUUAUUGUUUAUUCUUAAGGUAUGAGAAGGCGGCAGAUUUGUAAAUGUCUUUACAUAGCAAUCAGUUUCACUUCUGGGUCUGUUGCUUGUUUGUGUGAGAUCAGUUUUGUCAGGCUUUCAGAAUAAUUUUAUAAAAUAAUCCAGAAGCCUGGCUUUAUACCAAGGAAACAUCACAGAUAGAGGGAUCUCCGUGUUUAACCAGACCCUCAGAUCUUAGAGCAAUAAAUACAUUCAUUCAGUCAUUUACUUAUUUACAAAUGAAUGACAGAAUAUUCAGUCCAAAUAGAGAUGUUUUUUCAGCAAUGCAACAUAAAAUGGAGUCUUGUGUUGAGAAGCUGAACAUUAAUAUUUUAAAUAGAUGCCUAUAGAAUCUGUGUUUGCUGUUUACAUUUAGUGUGUUUGCCACAUUUCCUUUUACUUCUUUCCUUCUAAGGACUAAUGAAAGACAGCUUGCUACUAGCAUUGACACACUGCACACGCCAUUAUGUUGUUCUCUAAUAGCAACUAAACUCUCUCCAAUGUCUGUGUGUUUCCUUUUCACUCAUUAUGACUGUAAUGUGGAUGAAUACCAUUUCUAGGAACUUGGUUAUUAUUAAACAGAUUGCAUAUGUAAAUGCAGAUAAUUCUUGAGCAAUAUAGUGAAUAUGAUUUCACACACAAAAAAUCCAUAUGUACUGUACACAUCUUCCUGAAUCCGAAAUUCUCUUCUUAUCCACAAUGGUUUGAAAUCUCAUAUAAAACAGUGGUAAAUUUUAAACGUUAGGACAUUAGCUGGCUGCUUCUUUAAAUGUACCUGUAUUGUCUGCCUGCUCCUUUUGUGGAGAUGUGUUUUUGUAUUGGAUGUUUGGGCCAAUGGGAGGCUUCAAGCUACAACAUAUUUUCCCAGUUUAAAUAUAUUUAACAUAUGACAAACCCCAGACAAGGCUUUUAAUAUGUAUAAAGAACUGCAGUGUUAGGUGGUUUAUUUGCAAACCGUUUUCAAUGUUGUCCAUUUUUAUGGCACCUUUAACGAUAUUCUUGUUUCCAAAGUACAAAAAAAAAAAAUAGGUUAAAUAAUCUAGCCAUAACUGAAUGUCAAGCAAUAAAACAAAUGACUUUUGUGCAUAGACUUAAAAAAAUACAAAUUUUAGACAUCUGCAUGUAAAUGCAAUCUCUUGUUUACUGCUUUCUUCAACUUGAGCAAUUGAUUCCUUAUUUACUAUUAACUUAAGAACUUGUAAUGGCCUGUAAACAUUUUCUCUCUUACUCUUCUUUCAAAUUUACCUUUGUCCCUGCUUUUAAGUCAUAAUAUUUAAUGUUGUUCUGCACAUCUCUAUACAGUUAACUUUUUGGCUUUCAUUCUGUAUAGAUAAGAAAAUGUUAUAUUAUAAACAGCCUACUCAGUGCAAAUAUUUAUCUGUUUAUCAAAUCCACAAUAUGCUGUAUAAUACUGGUUUUACUAUAUAAUCUAUUUUAGACAUAGCUGUUUAGAACUAGAGUGUGCUAUUUUUGUGUUUUUCUGAUGUGUGGUGCUAGAUAAGUUACUUUUGUGAACAACAAAAAAAAUCCCUUUUAUUCCUAGACAAUACCACCUUUGGGUCUUGUUAAUUUCACUGAGUAUAACUAUAUAUUUGUAUAUAUAUACAUAUAUAUAUAUAUAUCUACCUGUUCCCACUGGCAGCUGUAUCAGAGUGCUGGAUUUGGGACAUGCUUUUCUCUUUAAAUACAUAAUAUCAUUAUAUAAAUUAUUCUAGAGUGUAUUUAAUUAGGAUAAAAUUACUUCCUUAGUAUGGAUAUUUGACAUCUAUAGGGUGAAUCUGUUUAUAAAUAUGGAUAUAUGAAAAUUUAUUAGCAUUUACUUUAUGUUUGCUACUUGGCUUUAUACCGUAUCUCCUGAGAUGAGAAAUAAUUUGCCAGGCCUUCAAGAUCCUAAAAAACACUCUGGUUUAAUGGAGUAAUACUUUUGUUUUUUCUUACUAAGGAAUUGUAUUAUUGGCACCUGACAGAGUUGUGUACUUAACUCCUAUUAUAGAUGAUAGGCAUUUAUAUAAAAUAUCCUUGGUGGCUUGAUGGCAGAAACUUUCCCCUCCUACCUGAGCCAUGGGAAGCAUAGAGAUGUCCACUAUCAUGGCAGAACAUGGGCCAUAAAGCAAAUUUGACAAGAGAUGUUCUGUUUUAAUAUGACCUCAACCAGUUCCAUGAACUGAGUGAAAGACCUUCACUUUAAAACUCUUUCACCUGUUCUCCCAAGACCUAUUGGCAUUCUUACAAAUCAAAGUAUAUCAAAUAUCUGACUAAGGAUGUAGUUAACCUUAUUAAAUAUUGAUUAGAAUUGUUCUGUAAUAUUACUGAAUUUGUAAGAUCUUUAGCAAAGAUUUUUGAGCAAUUUAUAAAUAUAGAGCAAAUGUUUCUGUUUACUGCACUUUUUGUAAUUGAAGGUAAUAAAUUCUCAAGCCAUGGUUAUUGGCUUCCGUGCACUGCAUAUUUACCCACAAUUCUAGACAUUUUCCAUUUUUAUGGAAGAGUUGCUGUUACCUUAAUUAUAAAUGCAAUCAUGUGGUUAAUGAGAGCGAAUGCUAAGAGUUAACCUUUUAAAGUGAAUUGGCUACAGUUUAGGGAGAAAUCUCUUUUAAAUACAAAUCACGUCAUUCCUUAUUGCUUCACGUAGAGAUUGAAACCUGUUUUUGUUUUGUUUUGUUUUGUUUUGUUUUGUUUUGUUUUGUUUUGUUUCUCAGCACCAUUUAGCAUCCUAAACUUCCUGAGGGUAGAGAUUGUAUCUCUUCGUGUCUACACAAUGGCCAGCACACGUCAGCAUUUGAUAACUGUUAAAUGACAAGUGUGCCCAAAUUAAAACUUUUUCCUGGGAUUUUUUUUUUUUUUUGGUAAAUUUAUAAAGUAUGUCAAGCCUUAUGGUUAACACUUUCUUGUACAACCAAGUAAUAAAGCCACAUUUAAAAAGACCACAUGAAAUGCUGAUUCUAAUUGUGUGUAGGUCUUAAGGAUUAAGCACACAAAUGUCACAAAACUCUGUGAGUAACAAACUCAGCCUUCUGUAAAUAUACAUGCAAGUUUGGAAACAGUAAUACUGUACCUAUAAAUAUAUGCUGUCUGUUUUGUGUACAGUAUGUAAAAACUCCUUUUCUGCCACACUAAAAAUGCAAGCCAUUUACGGGAAUCCUAAAAACAGUAUUGUACUAAAACUUUGCUAAUGAUCUUUAUUAGAGGAUCAUCCAACUUUUCACUUACAUUGGGUUUUCUUUUCAAUUCACUCUUAUGGUAGUCUGCUUAUUUCCAGCUGUUUGUUAUUUUAUUGAGUCCUCAAUUUAAAAAAAAAAUAUUUUGAUUCAUUUUGUAAAUACAAGCUGUAAAAAAAAAAAGAGAGAUUUAAUGUUGUCUUUUAAAUACUCCGAUUUUCAUUCUAAUAUGAAUGUUGUUAUAUUGUACUUAGAAACUGUACCUUUAAUAUUACAUUACCUUUAUUAAAAGUGCAUUGAACACAUCAAUUUUAGAUGUGCUUUAUGUACUGUUAUCCUAUAAUAAAACUUCAGCUUCUAAUGGAA